CCGUAGUCUUCUGGGACCGGUUACAUGUCACAGAAGACUCUGCUCCCCAAAGGUCUGGAGUCUCUGGUCAUCCCCUGUACUGUUCGCAGUCUCUGGUCAUCUCCUGUACUAUGUCCACAGUCUCUGGUCAUCUCCUGUACAAUGUCCACAGUCUCUGGUCAUCUCCUGUACUGUCCGCAGUCUCUGGUCAUCUCCUGUACUGUCCGCAGUCUCUGGUCAUCUCCUGUACUAUGUCCGCAGUCUCUGGUCAUCUCCUGUACUGUGUCCGCAGUCUCUGGUCAUCUACUGUACUGUGUCUGCAGUCUCUGGUCAUCUCCUGUACUGUGUCCGCAGGCUCUGGUCAUCUCCUGUACUGUGUCCGCAGUCUCUGGUCAUCUCCUGUACUAUGUCCGCAGUCUCUGGUCAUCUCCUGUACUAUGUCCGCAGUCUCUGGUCAUCUCCUGUACUGUGUCCGCAGUCUCUGGUCAUCUCCUGUACUGUGUCCGCAGUCUCUGGUCAUCUCCUAUACUAUGUCCGCAGGCUCUGGUCAUCUCCUGUACUGUGUCCGCAGGCUCUGGUCAUCUCCUGUACUGUGUCCGCAGUCUCUGGUCAUCUCCU